AUGGUGGCUAUGCAGUAUGAGCCUGAUUCGGCAGGUCAAGAGAGUUAUAUCUUAUGUGCGGAUUGUGGAACUGUUAUAAGUAGUGCCAACGGUGCUGGAUUAUGUGUUGGAUGUCUUCGAAACACAGUGGAUAUUACAGAAGGUAUACCUAAAGAAGCUACUUUAAACUUCUGUAGAGGAUGUGAAAGGUUUUUAUCACCACCCCAAACAUGGGUGUCUUGCCAGCCUGAGUCCAGAGAGCUAUUAGCCAUUUGUCUGAAAAAAAUCGCAAGACCAUUAUUGAAAGUUCGAUUAAUAGACGCAUCUUUCAUAUGGACUGAACCUCAUUCUCGAAGAGUGAAAGUCAAAGUAACCAUUCAAAAAGAAGUAUUGGCAAAUACUGUAUUACAACAAACGUUCGAGUUGUUAUUGGUCGUUCAUACAGGCCAAUGUCCUCAAUGUACUAGAUUAGCAGCUAAAAAUACCUGGAAAGCAAGUGUUCAAGUAAGACAAAAAGUUACCCAUAAAAGAACUUUCUUAUGGCUGGAACAAUUGAUUUUGAAACAUAAUGCUCAUAAAGACACAAUCAACAUUGCCGAGAAAAGAGACGGUCUGGAUUUCUUCUAUGCGGAACGUAAUACCGCAAUCAAGAUGGUGGAAUUCUUGGCGGGUGUAGUACCAGUUAGAUCCAAGGCAUCUGAACAACUGAUUUCUAACGAUACCCAUUCCAACACUUCAAAUUAUAAAUUCACCUAUUCCGUCGAGAUCGUGCCUGUUUGUAAGGAUGAUUUGGUAUGUCUGCCUAGAAAUCAAGCCAAAGCUUGGGGUAACAUCUCCCCCCUAACCAUCUGUUCUCGAGUCGGUAACACCAUUCAUCUUCUUGAUCCCAUGACUCUGCAACAAACCGAUGUGACAGCACCUGUAUACUGGAGACAACCCUUUGAUUCGCUUGCUACCGUUACCGAUCUCGUCGAAUUCAUCGUACUUGACGUCGAACCAUCUGGACCUAUUAGGGGUAAAUACGUUUUAGCGGAUGCUCAAAUCGUUCGAUCAAGUGGAAAUGGAAACAACAACGUUGAUGAUGAAGGUAUGGGAGAUGAUGGAAUUUUCCAUACGCGAACACAUCUAGGUGGUAUUUUACAACCGGGAGAUACAGUCUUAGGAUACCAUUUGACAAAUGCCAAUUUCAACGACGAAGCAUUUGAAUCAUUAGAUGUUGAUCGUAUUCCAGACGUCAUAUUAGUCAAGAAGACCUAUCCUAACAGAAGAAAGAAGAGUAAGCCAAGAAACUGGAAAUUACGAUCAAUCGCUAAAGAAGCCGAAGAUGUUAACGAAAGUGAAAAGACUGUCGGCAGAGGUGCACUGGGUAGAAGAGGUGGUGUAGACCAGAAGAACGUUGAAAGAGAUUAUGAAUUAUUCUUGAGAGAUUUAGAAGAAGAUAAAGAGAUGAGAGCCGCUAUCAAUCUGUAUAAAGCUCAACAGAAACAACAAGAGGAAGAAGCAGAUCAAGAUGGUGAUGUCGGUAUGUCAGAUCAACCUACCACUGCAAAUAAAAAAUCAGGUUCAGGCCAAAAAGGUGGAAAGAAAAGAUCGACAACAACCAAUACCGGAAUGCAAGUCGAUCAAGAUAUGGUCGUACCUUCUGCUCAAGGUGAUGAUACAGAUGCUGAUGAUGAGGAGGAAGAAGAUUUCCCUGAAAUUGACAUGGAUGAAUUAUUAGAACAUUUCGAAGAAAUGGAAAUGGGUCCAGAGGAAGCUGAACAGGAACAAUAG